CCCGCCUCUUCAAUGCAUCGAGCACAGAAUGCUGAGGCUAUUGCUGACAAAGAGACCAAGAGAGAGCAGUGAGGAAGGGGGUGGGCCAGAAAAGAGUCCCUCAAUCAUAGCAGCAGGACUGACUCACUCAUUUACACUGUCACACAUUCAGAGAGCAGGACUGAGAUAGUGUGUCUAGCUCUCAACGUGAACCCAACGUGCUGCAUGUGAUCUACAGGUGCAAUUUCUGGACCAUCUGUGGAACUGAGAAUAAAGACAGGACUUACUGAAAGGAUACUUCAAGACAAUCCAGUAAACAACAAAUUUUGGGAAAUACUUUGAUUAGAAUGUCAGACAAAGAAGACUGCUUUUCAUCAAUGGGAUGAAUGGCUAGAGGAUUCUACAGGGUUCUGUUUCCCUUUAGCUGCUUGUGGAUGUGUCCAUAAGGUAUUCCUCAAGUCAAACCGGAGGGAAGGACUUAUUGCCUUGAAAUUCUGGAGUGAAUUGAGGGAAAUCCUCUUAUCCUGUUGCCUUUGCCUGACUGCCACACCAUAGCGUGCCUUUGUUUCUCAGCUAGAUGUACAACACUACAUCUUUGAUGGACAGCUCAGCCCAGAACUGGGGCGGCAGCCUCAACAACAGUGACAAUAAUACGCUUUGUCCAAAGAAUGACAACUUCAAGUAUUCACUCUACAGCAUCAUUUUCAGCAUUGUCUUCAUAGUGGGACUCAUCACCAAUGUUGCAGCCAUGUACAUUUUCACUUGUUCGUUGAAAUUGCGGAAUGAGACCACAACGUAUAUGAUGAACCUGGUGGUAUCAGACUUGCUGUUUGUGCUCACACUCCCAUUAAGAGUUUUUUACUUCAUUCAGCAAAACUGGCUGUUUGGUAGCGUCCUCUGCCAGCUCUCUGUCUCACUGUUUUACACCAACAUGUACGGGAGCAUACUGUUCCUCACGUGCAUCAGCGUGGACCGCUUCCUCGCCAUCGUAUACCCCUUCCGUUCGAGGGGGCUUCGGACCAAACGGAAUGCCAAGAUCGUGUGUGCUGCUGUUUGGGUUUUGGUGCUCUCCGGAAGUCUUCCAACUGGCUUCAUGCUUAACAGCACUAAAAUUAAGAACAAUACCACAUCUUGCUUUGAGAACUUCUCUUCGAAACAGUGGAAGAGCCAUCUCUCCAAGGUGGUGAUCUUUAUAGAGACUGUGGGGUUCCUGAUCCCUCUGCUCCUGAACGUAUUUUGCUCCGCUAUGGUGCUCCAAACUUUGAGGAGGCCAAAUUCCAUUGGUCGGGGAGGGAAGCUGAACAAGACAAAGAUCUUGCGGAUGAUCAUCGUCCAUCUCUCCAUCUUCUGCUUUUGUUUCAUCCCUUACAAUGUCAACCUGGUCUUCUACUCAAUGGUGCGGACAAAGACCUUAAAGGGGUGCGCAAUGGAAUCGGUGGUCCGGACGAUCUAUCCCAUCGCACUGUGCAUUGCUGUGUCCAACUGCUGUUUCGACCCCAUUGUAUACUACUUCACCUCAGAAACCAUACAAAACUCCAUCAAGAAGAAGUCACAGAUUAACCGUUCAUGUGAUGCCAAGUUCUCUGUGGCCUUGCAGUCAGAGACAAGCUCUGCCCUUCAGUUCAGCUUGAAGUCUAUUAAAAACAAGAUGUUCCACAAUGAGUCUAAUGUAUGAGAACUAGGAGAUUGAAGUAGUAUCAGACACAUGGAUACAUGGCCCAAAUAUGGGAUGCAAACCCAUAUCUUGGUUCAAUUCUCAAAGUCAUUGCAUAAACUAGAUCUAAGGAAAUUUAAUAUCCAAAAAGCACUCUAUGGUGAGUGAAAUAUGGCAUUAGACAUGUAGAAUAUGCCCUAAAUGGGUUUGUUCAUAUUUUCCAGGUCAAUAAAUAAACUAUGCCCUUUUAGAUGGAUUUAACUCCCUCUUAAAGACAUACUUCAAGCCCAGUACUGGACGGCACACCUGUCCUCAAAGGAAUUAUUUCCAAACAUUUGAAUUUCUGAACUGUGGUGUAAGACGCAUGCAAAUAGAUUAACUGGAACUUCGAAAAAUUAUACCAGAAUUUCUAACAAUAUGUGAAUGUACUUACAUUUACAAAAUGUCAAGUGAAUGUGUAAAUAGCAUAAAAUGUUAUAACCACUAUUUAAUUAAACCCAGAUAUGAAAUAGAUAUUGCAAUACCCAUUGACAACACAUUGACUGCCUGAAGUGUCAUACUAUUAACAAGCUGCUAACGUUUGUUGGCAAUUUAUAUCCUACUGUAUAUUAACUUUGCACUGACAGUGAUACUGUUGUCAUAAUGCACUGUUUAGUUUUCUGUUACAAACUUCAUUUGAAAACAACAAUUUUAAAUCACAGUCAGAGGUAUUUAUUUAGAAUAGAUAAUUCUUCCUUUCUCUGUAAUGACUGUUUAAAUAGCAUGUUUGCAAGAAACAAUACAAUCUUAA